GUCUUUGUUUGCUGCAUGCAUACUUAGCGUCUGUUAUUUGGAAAAUGGCAAACAUGGAUAACGCAGCAGAAAUAGAAACAGAAAGAGAGUCAGUCUCCUAUAAAGAGAAUGUGAAGCUGGUCUCGUAAGUUAUAGUUAUUAUUUCUUAUCUCCAUCCUAAGUUUUUUUAUUCCCACUUACACACGAUUAGCAUCAGUGCGAACGUUGUCAAUGGCAAGUCCUGCAGCCCCACUCAGAACACUUUUGCCUGCAGUAUGUCGCAGCCCUCAUAAGCCUCCUACCCCCGUUCACCGUGUCGAACGAAGGUCAAAGCGGCGGAGUUUAGCUUGCUCGUCGUGUCAACAAAAGAAAGUAAAAUGCAGUGGCCCUCCUCCCUGUGGAGCAUGCGCUGCAACGAAUAGCGAGUGUUGUUUCGAGCCUCUAACAGACAAACGGCGAAAAUUGACACGGAAGGCUGCAGAGAAAGACAUGGAAAGCUAUCGACAUGUAUCCAUGUACUUAAUCAGUAUCCUGCGUUCUGGGAAGGAAGAUGAUGUGAACAAUCUAGUAAAGGUGGUUCAGAAAGCCUCAUCCCUUGAUUCUGCUCUUGGAGAUCUGCAGUCGUUAAUUUCUCGGGAGAAGAGCUGAUUCCUCUUGCUCUGUUGAAAAUCAAACUGUAUUUAGGUUCACCUUUUUACUCAAAUAGUAUCCCGAAUAGGAGUCGUAUUUUGUUCGAUUUGCCACUGAGGUAUAUCAUAU